GCGCUCUUUCCCAAGAGAUAAGGUAUGAAGCAGGAAGAUAGCCUAGAUCGAGACCCCAGCAAUCAACGAAUGAAUUGAGUACAUAUGUAAUUAGGUUUUUACAAACUUGAGACCAUAAUGACUAAUCUCACCUGUACGACCACUCCACGUAUCGUACAUCCUUGACCAACUUGGAAGGGCCGACUUGGAAGCCCAACUUGCGCACCCCCCAAAUCCUGAACUCAUAAAUCCAAAACUUGUUCUGCGUUACUUACUAACCACCUAUUAAUCACACCACCUCGUAAUCUCUCACCACCAAACACUGUAAAGUCCAUCACGAUAACUUCACUUCGUUCAAGGGGAGAACCCUUUUAGACGAAAUGUUGGAGGAACAGCAGGGAAGCUCUUCAUCUAGCAGCUAUGAAGAUGCCCAAGAGAACGGAGACUCGCCAAAAGGUCGACGUUGUGGCAUCGUGAGCGAUUUCCUCGCCAGGCUUGAGCACUUCACCUGGGCUAAUUACACAUUUCCCAUGUCCACCGGAGGCCUUGCUUUACUAUUAGCAGAGCAAACUCAAGGCUUCACGUUCCCGGGCCUUCAGACAAUCGGAAAAAUAGUUUAUAUAUUCGACCUUAUCGCUUUCACACUUGUCACCGCCGCCAUUACUUAUCGCUUCGUCAAGUUUCCUGGUACUCUCAAGCACUCCAUUACUCAUCCAACCGAAGCGCUAUUCCUCGGGACGUCGACCCUCAGCAUAGCAUCUAUCAUCGCCGGUAUUGCUCGCUACGGAAUUCCUGCCUGUGGGCCGUGGCUUGUCACGGCGUAUAGGGUCUUAUUCUGGAUAUACUUCUUGAUCACAUUUGCAAUCGCGGUUGGCCAGUAUUCUCUACUCUUCACCUCACCUCUCUUGAAAAUUCAAGAUAUGACUCCAGCUUGGGAUCUUCCUAUAUUCCCCUUUAUGUUAUCUGGUACCGUCGCCUCGGCAGGCGCCGCUUUACAACCGCCAAAUGAGGCCAUCCCUAUGAUAGUUGCCGGCCUAACUGCCCAAGGUCUUGGGAUGUGCGUAUCAAUCAUGAUGUAUGGUGCCUAUGUAAGACGGAUGAUACAGUGGGGGUUUCCAUCGCCUAACUCACGACCCGGUAUGUUCAUAGCGGUUGGACCACCUUCAUUCACCGGCCUCGCUAUCAUCGGCCUCGCGAACGACUUCCCCCAGCACUACAAUUACUUCGGUGCCGACUCUAUCACUGUCCAGAUUCUACGAGUACUAGCAACUACCACGAGCAUAUUCCUCUGGUCGCUUAGUUUAUGGUUCUUCUGUAUCUCCGUAGUGGCUAACCUUGCCAUCAGAAAGCAGCUAACGUUCCACCUAAAUUGGUACGCCUAUGUGUUCCCAAACGUUGGGUUCACAAUUACAAUUAUUUCUAUCGGCAAGAACCUACAAAGUCGAGGGAUCAUGGGAGUCGGUAGCGCAAUGACUCUAAUGUUAGUCGCGAUGUGGAUCUUCGUGUUUAUCCACCACGUAAAAGCUAUCAUUAACCAAGAAGUAAUGUUUGAAGGUAAAGAUGAGGACGUCUACGUUAAUGAGAAAAACCACUCACACGUCAAGCCUGCUAAAAGCGGCAGUGAUAUAGAGAAGGAGGCAUGAUCCAGAUUCCAGUUAGAUACCCAUCCAGGUACUCGUCCUCCCUAAAGUCGAUCCGUGUUCACAACGAGGCUAGAUCUUAGGGAUAUCAUGCUAAGUCGCAUAGCUUCAUGGAGGUUACGAAACGAAAUGAGUUUAUGAUUACUCAAACUUAGAUAUAUUUAGAGGGGUUAGAUGUUGCGUAAUGAGGCACGAAUAGAAUGGUUCGUUCGUUAAUAAUAAUAACGAUAGUUAAUAAUAAUAGUACUUUGACAACGGA